AUGGGGAUUGAGAGCCAUGAGAGUGGAGAGAAGGAGGUCUCAAGAGGCCCCACGGAUGGUGUCGUUCUUCGGGAGCACAGCAACGAGAAUCUGUUGAAGUUUGACACGCACGACAACUACUCAACGACGUCGGUGAUAAAAAAAAUGAUCAUGAAAAGCCUGCCGCCACCCAAGACGAAUGCGCCUCCACAACCGCUGUUCAACGGGCUGUUGCGCAUGGGCAAAAACCCGAAUACACCGCUCCUUUUUAUGGCGUUUCAGACACCUGAGGACGGUGCCGCAGCCGCAGAGCUUCUGCGGGGGAUGCUUUUUCGUGGGAAAAAACAAGUGGCAGGAGUUACCCGUGACGCAGCGAGAUCUGCAGCUUACCCACAAGGGCAAUGUUCGGAAACGGCCACGUGA